AAAGAGACAAAGUGUUCUACCAUAAGUAUCCCCCUUUGUUUUUCAGCUGUCAUUUAACUAAGUUCCCUUCACGCUCUUUCAUUCCUCAUCUGUGAUGAAACAUGGGAUGCUGCUUUUCUGAACCUGUUGAUUUUGAUAGCGAAGUCAACCUUUUUCACUUCGACCUUCACAAAGCUGUUGGUAAAGGAGCUUUCGGCAAGGUCCGAGUGGUCGAGCAUAAAAAAUCCAAGAAACUCUACGCUCUCAAGUACAUCGAUAAAGCGAGGUGCAUCAAGCAGAAAGCAGUUGCCAAUAUUAUCCAGGAAAGAAGGCUUCUAGAGGAGAUUGAUCAUCCCUUCAUCGUCAAUCUGCGCUACGCCUUUCAAGACGAUGAAAAUUGUUUCUUUGUACUCGAUCUUAUGCUUGGGGGUGAUCUACGCUUUCACCUCGAACGGAAGGGCGCCAUAGAAGAAAACGUUGUUCUCUUUUGGGUUGCCGAGUUAGCGUCGGCUCUCGCCUACUUGCAUAAACAACGCAUUAUCCAUCGCGAUCUAAAACCAGAUAACAUUCUACUGGAUGCCAGAGGUCACGCUCAUAUAACUGAUUUUAAUGUGGCUAUUCAUUAUUCGGAGCGUCGGUUGCACACCAGCGUAGCUGGAAGCAUGGCUUACAUGGCUCCCGAAGUAGUAGGGAGGAAAGGUUACACGUGGUUUGUGGACUGGUGGAGCUUGGGUGUUACAGCAUUUGAGCUACUGUUCCAUCAACGACCUUUUGAAGGGCGAAAUUCAGAAAGAAUUACACAAUCGAUCCUCAAAGAUCCCCUCAGAUUUCCGGAAGAUGCGCAUAAAAAAUGCAGUCCACAAGGCAUUAAGUGCUUGCAAGCAUUGAUGGAACGGAAUGCUAAUCAUCGACUUGGAUGCCGGCCGAAUGGCCAAGGAAUCAUAGACAUUCAGCAGCAUCCCUGGUUUUCUGCCAUAGAUUGGGAUAAUCUAGACACCAAAGAAGCUCAGCCUCCCUUUGUGCCAGAUAUGAAAAAGGCCAAUUUUGAUGUAUCACACGAACUUGAUGAAUUUUUGAUGGUGGAAAAGCCAUUGACGCAUUCAAAGCGUAAGACUAAUGUCGACCUUCAAAAAAUGAAACCAGAAUUACGACAACUCGAAGAACAGUUCACUAUAUACGAUUUCGUUUCAUCGAGGCGUAAAUCAUAUUAUCCACAUAAUCAACCAAUCACUACCAUUGUCCGCGGCUCGGACGCAGAGCCAAUGACUGUAGUACAGUCGACGACAGGCACUUUACUCCCCACUGCCACGAUUGUGGAACGUUCGCAAGCUGGCUCGCCAACCCAAGAGUUUUCUAUAAGUCAACAUACACCGCAUCUUCCUUUCACUCCCCCAUAGCAUUUUAGUCACGACUUCACAUAUCGUGAGCUUAUCUCUACAUCACAACGUUCGUACUAUUCAAUAACAGCCAGAGGUUGUUAGGCUCUUCAGCGCAUCUAUACCAUUCGUUUUUUUCGCUAGCAAUUUUUCUUUUUUCUUUCUUCGGUUUCUGCGUGCAUCAUGGGACAUCUGCUAGCAUGUGUCACUCUGCUUGUAAUUUACGGUCUUAACCAACAUCAAAUGCUUGCACCUAUCGAUUUUGUUGGAGUAGGAGCUACACUUCC